CAGCCCCCGCGGGGCCCUCGCGCACCGCACCGCUGGCACCAGGGAAUGAGCUCCCCGGGCCAGGGACGUGGUGUCAGUAUGUCGGGCGGUCUGUGCUACCAGGAGGCCGAAGGUCUGUGGGAAGUCUGCAUCCACCUGUAGGAGCUCUGCUGGCUCUACCUGGACCCAAGCGCUGUAGCAGGGGCACAUGGUGGAGCUGGUGGUGCUGCAGCAGGUCCCGGCUGUCUUGCUCAUGCGGACCUGGGCCCAGGGGCACAGCAUGGAGACCUGUGCCGAGGUGGUGACCCUGGCCGCGGGGUUACAGUUGGGGCAGUUGGAGGUCACAGUGAAAGUGAAGGUCAAGGAGGGGACUUCAGACAGGAUGCAGCCCCCCGGGGUGCUGGAGGAGCCUGGUGAUUCCUGGCCAGACCAGCCAUGGGCCCAACCUGCAAAUGUGUCUCUGGAAGAAGGAGCACAGAGGAACAGCCCAGGACCUCCAGAGAAGCCUGCACCAGACCCAGAGUCGGGUGCAGGGGCCCUGGGCAGAGCUCAGCAGCAGCCUCCUGAAGAAGGGCCUGCAAACCUGGAGCUGCUGAGGACUUCCCCAGGGAUACCGGGGGAGAGGGGCGCCCUGAGCCCUGAGCGGGGCCAGCUGCAGAAGGAGCAGGGCAGGCUGGCAAGGCAGGGGGAGAGCACGGAGCUCCGGGAGGCCUUUGAGGACGUGGCUGUGUACUUCACACGGGAGGAGUGGGGGCUGCUGGAGGAUGCACAGAAGGGGCUGUACCGGGACCAGAUGCUGAGGAACUGCCGAGCCCUCAUUUUCCUGGGAUAUCGAGGUCCCGCACCUGACUUAAUCCACCGCAUGCAGCGUGGACAGGAGGAGCUCUGGGUCAGUGAUGAUGAGGACUGUGGGGACAUCUCAAGGUCGGAGGGCCUGUUGCCAGGAGGUGCCUGGAUGCUGAGCAGAGAAGAGGAGCAGAGUCCUGAGGAAGGGGCUGCAAACCUGGAGCAAGCCUGGACUUUGCCAGGGUGUUUUGCUGAGAUGGAGUUUUUUAGACAUGAGGAAGACCAAUGGCUUAAGAGUCAGGGGAGGCCCCAACAGCAGAGGAAGAAUGUAGCAGUGAAGGAGGCACCAUCUCCCCUUGGGCAUGAGAAUGGAGAAGAGACAGAAGCCAGAGACAGCCCCGGGUGCAGGGAAAGAUUUGUGGAGCUGAAGAACCACGAGGCAAAGUUGCACUGGAGAGAGACCCUGCAUCUGAGCCGAGCCAGUGGGGAGGUAUUUCGUGGGAAGCAGGAGCUCCCCGCCAAGCCCAGAGGCAAAGCCCACCCCUAUCCUGAGUACCAGAAAAGCUUUAACUGUCCCUCACUCCUGGCUCUGCACAAGAGAAGCCAUGCUGGGGAGAAGCCCCACCUGUGCACCAAGUGCGGGAAGAGCUUCACCUGCCUCUCGACCCUGGCUGCUCACCGCAAAAUCCAUUGCGGAGAGCUCCCCCACCAUUUCACCAGAUGGCGGAAGACCUUUUCAUGUCCCUCAGACCUAGGCAAGCACCAACAUGUGCACAGGGGAAAUCAUCAGUACCACUGUGUCACAUGUGGGAAGACCUUCACCCGUUUUUUCUCCCUGGCUCAGCACCGGCGCAUCCACACAGGGGAGAAGCCAUACCAGUGCUCUGAGUGUGGGAAGAGGUUCAGCGUGUCCUCCAGCCUGACCAAACAUCAGCGCAUCCACACAGGGGAGAAGCCACAUCAGUGCUCUCAGUGUGGGAAGAGCUUCACCCAGUUCUCCAGCCUGGCCUAUCACCAGCGUAUCCACACAGGGGAGAAGUCACAUCAGUGCUCUCAGUGUGGGAAGACCUUCCGUGGAUCCUCCAGCCUGACCAGACACCAGCGUGUCCACAUAAAGGAGAAGCGACAUCAUUGCUCUGUGUGUGGAAAGAGCUUUAACAACUCAUUUAGCCUGGCUAAUCAUCAGCGCAUCCACACAGGGGAGAGGCCACAUCAGUGCUUUGUGUGUGGGAAGAGCUACACCCAGUCCUCCCACUUGGCCCAGCACGAGCGCCUCCACACAGCAGAGAAGCUACAUCAGUGCUCUGAGUGUGAGAAGAGCUUCAUUGACUCCUUCAGCCUGGCCCGGCACCAGCGCAUCCACACAGGGGACAAGCCACAUCAGUGCUCUGAGUGUGGGAAGAGCUUCCGUGAAUCCUUCAGCCUGACCAAACACCUGCGCAUCCACACAGGGGAGAAACCACACCAGUGCUCUGUGUGUGGGAAGAGCUUCACCCACUCCUCCAGCCUGGCCUAUCACCAGCGUAUCCACACAGGGGAAAAGUCACAUCAGUGCUCUGUGUGUGGGAAGAGCUUCCGUGGAUCCUCCAGCCUGACCAGACACCAGCGCGUCCACACAGGGGAGAAGCCAUAUCAUUGCUCUGUGUGUGGGAAGAGCUUCACCCACUCCUUUAGCCUGGCUAAUCAUCAGCGCAUCCACACAGGGGAGAGACCACAUCAGUGCUCUGAGUGUGGGAAGAGCUUCACCCAAUCCUUCAGCCUUGCUAAUCAUCAGCGCAUCCACACGGGGGAGAGGCCGCAUCAGUGCUCUGAGUGUGGGAAGAGCUUUACUCAGUCCUCCAGCCUGACCAAUCACCAGCGCAUCCACACGGGGGAGAGGCCGCAUCAGUGCUCUGAGUGUGGGAAGAGCUUCACCCAAGCUUCUAGCUUAGCUUCGCAUCAGCGUAUCCACACAGGCGAGAAGCCACAUCAGUGCUCUGUGUGUGGGAUGAGCUAUGCCCAGUCUUCCAACCUGGCCCGGCACCAGCGCAAACACACAUGGGAGAAACCAUAUCAGUGCUGUGAGUGUGGGAAAAGAUUCUGUGAAUCCUCCAGCCUGGAUAGACACCAGCGCCUCCACACAGAGGAGAAGCCACAUUGCUGCUGUGUGUGUGGGAAGAUCUUUACAAGAUCCAGCCACCUGGUCAUACACCAGCAUAUCCACAAUGGUGAGAAGCAACAUCGGUGCUCUGAUCAGCACCGCUGUCUCACAUGUGGUAAGACCUUCACCUGCUCUGUCUCCCUGGCUGAGCACCAGCACAUCCACACAGGGAAGAAGCCAUAUAAGUGCUCCAAAUGUGGUAAGAUAUUUACCCAGUCCUCCAGCCUGGCCCAGCACCAGUGCAUCCACGCAGGGAAGAAACAAUAUCAGUGCUCUGAGUGUGGGAAGAGUUUCACUAGGUCCUACCAUCUGGCCCGGCACCAGCCUAUCCAUACUGGGGAGAAGUCACAUCAUUGCUCUAUUUGCAGGAAGAGCUUCACUGACUCCUCCGGCCUGGCCAUCCACCAGCGUGUCCACACAGGGGAGAAGCCACAUCAGUGCUCGGAGUGUGGGAAGAGCUUCACCCAGUCCUCCAACCUGGCCCGGCACCAACGCAUCCACACACAGGAGAAGCCUCAUCAGUGCUUGGAGUGUGGGAAGAACUUCACUCAGUCCACCCACCUGGCCCGGCACCAGCUCAUCCAUACAGGGGAGAAGCCACAUCGGUGCUCGGAGUGUGGGAAGAGAUUUGCCCAUUCUUACCAUCUGGCCAUACACCAGCGCAUCCACACAGGGGAGAAGCCACAUCAGUGCUCUGAGUGUGGGAAGAGAUUCACCCACUCCUCCAGCCUGGUCAUCCAGAUCCACACAGGGGAAGAGCUACAUCAGUUCUCUGUGUGUGGGAAGAGAUUCAGCAAGUCCUCCACCAUGGGCAAAUACCAGCGCAUCCACACCCGGGAGCAUCCAUAAUUUUGCCAGCAGUGCCAGGAAGGCUUGGGGAUGCCUACCUUCUCAUUUCCCGCUGGUGGCUGAAUUCAGGCAAGCAGGCUCCUGCUGGAGUACAGAAAGAUUUCACACAGCCUUCGGGCCUUGUGGGGCACCCCAGAACUAGAAGGAUCCAGAGGCUGGUUGUCAAGGUUUGAUUGUGGGGAGGGGCCAGAGGAAACACUUUGGGCAGCGGCCAGCCCAGAUGCUGCGGCAACCUGUAAAGAGACUUUUUGUAAUAAUUUGUAGCUGAUGCCAAAUUAACCAAAACUAAUUCCAAAUCCAAGAGUCCAGAACCAUAAGUGGCCCUACUUACCAGCAAGCAUCCUCCACCCACACCUGGGGCUUCAGAUGUUUCCAAAUCCUUUGGGGGGCAUCCUAUUUGCAGACUGAAGCCUGGAGGCUUGGGGUUCAGAUGCCCUCGAGUUUUACUUGCCCUUACCCAUAAGGCCCUUGGAGCAAGCAAGGGAAGAGACUCCCAUUGUCAUAAAGUGGGCUUAAAGUCGCUACACUUCAACGGGUGCUGAACCACGGCAGAAGAGCAGUUCUCCUGCGAUAUAGUUCAGGAGAACUGCCAUCAUGAACACUGAUCCAAGGUAUUUCCCCUGCCAGGUUGAGGAACCACUCCACUUGUCCUGAGCCUUCAAGGGGCCAAGAAGCAAUCUUUAUAUCAGCCUUGGAGCCUGUGCCUUCCCCAUCAGUCUGUGAAAGCAGCCAGUGCUCCCGGGGACGAAGAAGCACCUUCCCACUGGUGUGCCCUCCCCCAGACACCUGGCUCCAAAUUUCUCCAGGGCCUGUCUUUGGCCUCCCCUGCCCGUCAGGGUCUGCAAGCAGCUGCUGCUUCCACCCGAGCCCAGCCUGGCAGAUUUUGCUUCUCAUCCUCUCCAGAACUCUGCACUCGAGGCCUCACUGCCAUGUACUGCUGUGCAGAAAGGCCCCUGCCCUUUGGAAGGAGCCUGUAGUCACGGUCCAGUAGAGUACCUUUUCUGGGGGAAAUGUGGGCAGCAGGGAGGAGGGGCAGUCUACGGCAGGUCCUGCCUCUCCUGGGGAAGAGUGCAGAGAGUAUGAGGACAUCCUCUGGGUCAAAUGUAGGAUGUUGUCAUGGCUGGAGAAUGUUCCCUGAUUGCUAGUAUCCAAAUACACUGUGUCUCAUGUGGAGGAGCUUGCUUUGGCUUCUAUUGUUCCUGUCCAGAUAAAAUACAGCCCCCAGAGACAUCCUAGGUUUAAGACCCUGGGAUCCAGCUCCAGCUUUGCUAGCAGAACCUCUGCUGCCUGUCCCAAACAGCCUUGGGUGGGAGCAGAGAAGCAGGUCCCUCUGGGGUGCUGGGUCAGCUGGAAAGGCAGACUGGGAGACCUGUUUGGUUCGAGGGUGCAACACCCAGCCACCCAGAGCUCAAGUUGCCUCUGUCUCCUCACUAGAGAGAGAGAGCCAGGCCCCAGGGCAGGGCAGACGCACAUGGGCGCAAGUACAUGCUAGAUUCGCAUGUCCCCUUUCUCCUGGUCCAGGGAAGCCUACUUCCUCUCUUGUCCGGCACCAAACACCCUCCAGGUUCUCCAUGGACCUCAGCAUCGCUCUCCAGCUGGGGUCGCAGGGCUGGAUCCUUCGCGGGGAGCAACUCCAAAGCUUUCCUGAAAGAAAUGCCAGAGUGUGGGGACAUGGGGCCUCGACAUGAGGCUGCACAGCCACUAGUUGGGGUGACGCGGGCGUAGCUGUGCCUGCGUUCUGCUCGGGGUCGUUCCAGGCUUCUGGGCUUUGCCAGUUGCCACACAGAGCUGGGCAGGGAUCCUGCCCACUUGUGCUGUGUUUUGUGGGGGUGUCCUGUUUUUAAGCCUUUCUCCAAGGCAGUGGGUGUGUGGGCACAGGGCUGUGCUGAGCCUGUCUGGAUAGGCUGGGACAGGCCUCUAUGUAAAAUUAGUAGUAGUCAUUAUGACUGUGGCAAUC